CGCAUGCGCGGAGUCAGAGCGCAGGCGCACUGCGCAGCUCGAUCCAGGCCUGCAGUAGUGGAGCGAUCAGCUCGUCAUGGCGCGGUUUCGUGUGCUCUCGCUCUCGCUCUCACUGUUGUUUGUGGUUCAAUCGGUCGUGUCGAUCUCAUUCUACCUGCCGGUGCGCAGCAGAAAGUGUCUACGGGAGGAGAUCCAUAAAGACGUGCUCGUUACCGGAGAAUACGAGAUCAUCGAGCAGCCAAACACGAAAACCAACCUGAAGAUCACAGACUCCUCUGGACACAUCCUUUAUGUGAAAGAAGAUGCAACCAAAGGCAAGUUUGCCUUCACCACAGAGGACUAUGACAUGUUUGAGGUGUGCUUCGAGAGCAAGUCACCUAUGGGAACUGGAAGAGUUCCUGACCAACAGAUCAACUUGGACAUGAAGCAUGGUGUUGAGGCCAAAAAUUAUGAAGAGGUCUUCUACCUGCGCCGCUUCUUCAAGGCCAAGAAGCUCAUUGAGUAA